UAUCAACACAAAAUGGCAGGCACACCACGACUCUUAAUAGCGAUGGUGGCAACCAAGGAGGUCUUUGACGAGUAUGCAAAAAAAGACGGAGACGCAAGGUCUUUGAGCAAGGCAGAAGUCUCUGAACUGCUCCAUAAAGAGAUGGGAUUUCCCAAAGACAGUGCUGAAGCAGCUCAAUUCUUCGAAAAGCUGGAUGAAGACAAGAAUGGUGUUGUUUCUUACCAAGAGUAUAUUGCUCUUGCCGGAGCCCUCCUUUUUAUGAUGAAUUUAUAGUUUAGCCGCACUGUCUUUGUUUAUUUAAAAAAAAAAAAGAUCAGUGAUUCAAAUUGCACGAUGUACAACCACAUCUCUCAUCAGAGUUGGGUUAUUAAUUGGCUUGAGGGAUUUGAAAUGUAUUGACUUUAAGUGUGUUUGAGUGUGUCACUGACUUUGAAUGUUAAAAGUGACUAAUAAACAAAUAAAAAUAAA